AACCGGAAGCCUUGAAGGGUCAAAAGGAAUACAAAAGCAAAGUCUGUUGGGUUCCUUUAAGCCGUGUCCUCUCUUUCUUUUCUAUUCUUUUAAAAACGAGUGGCCUUGGCGGCGGUGGUUUGAGGUGGGCGCUGCAAGGCGAGGGAAUCUCGGCUCCCACGCUCUGGCCUGUCACCUCCCUGCUGUAUAGACUGCACCUGACCACUAAAGCUCCUUGAGUACCUGAGAUUCACCAUCAGAAUAUAUUUUGACGCAAGAAAAGACUUCUAUUAUGGAUGGAGGAGAUGAUGGUAACCUUGUCAUCAAAAAGAGGUUUGUGUCGGAGGCAGAACUAGAUGAACGGCGCAAAAGGAGACAAGAAGAAUGGGAGAAAGUUCGAAAACCUGAAGAUCCACAAGAAUGUCCAGAGGAGGUCUAUGACCCUCGGUCUCUGUAUGAACGGCUACAAGAACAAAAGGACAGGAAGCAGCAGGAGUAUGAGGAGCAGUUCAAAUUCAAAAACAUGGUAAGAGGUUUAGAUGAAGAUGAGACCAACUUUCUUGAUGAAGUUUCUCGACAGCAAGAACUAAUAGAAAAGCAACGAAGAGAAGAGGAGCUAAAAGAACUGAAGGAAUACAGAAGUAAUCUCAACAAGGUUGGAAUUUCUGCAGAAAAUAAGAAGGAAGCAGAGAAGAAGCUGACUGUGAAACCCAUAGAAACCAAAAACAAGUUCUCCCAGGCAAAGCUGUUGGCAGGAGCUGUGAAGCAUAAGAGCUCAGAGAGUGGCAAUAGUGUGAAAAGACUGAAACCAGACCCCAGCCCAGAUGACAAGACUCAAGAGUCCCCAUCCUGUAUGUCUCUUGGAAGUUCUUCCCUGAGCAGCACCUCCAUCCACUGCCCAUCUGCUGCUGUCUGCAUCGGCAUUCUCCCAGGCUUGGGCGCCUACUCCGGGAGUAGUGACUCUGAGUCCAGCUCAGACAGUGAAGGCACCAUAAAUGCUACUGGGAAGAUCGUCUCUUCCAUCUUCCGAACCAACACCUUCCUCGAAGCGCCCUAGCUCCCUGACCUUGCCACAGGGAGCACCUCCCCAAAGGGUUGGACAUCUGUUCUGCCUGGAGACAUCACCCCCCUUAAAAAGAACUUUACCUGCUUCCUGUGCACACAUGACAUUUUCAACCUAACCCGAAAAUGUGCCACAGCCCACUUGUGGCCCAAACCUGUUCUACUGAUAACGGGGGUGUGGAUAAAUCCCAGAGAAAAGCCACUGACAGUGCACAGGAUAGGCACCAGCUGACUUGCUAGGGUGUCACUGGAGUUUGUUACUUUCUUGUUUUUUCUGUCUCCUUUCUUAGCAGCACAGGCAUUAUUUCAGUCUUCUAUUACAGAUGAAUGGGCUGCUUGGUUUUACCAUGCGUGUGGGCAUGCAUAAAAAGGGUGACUGGGUAAGGGCAUGAAGCAGUCCCCUGGAGCUGACAGUGUGGCUAAGUGAAAAUUCUAACCACACCUGCAGGGCUGUGAGUUAACAUCAGCCUUCAUGGUGAAGCUCUCCCGUGUCCUUGUUCUCCCCUCCCCACCCAACCCGAAGGUGUAGGAAGGAGCUGGUAAUGAGGAAGUGUCUAUCUUCUGCCCGCCUUCUCUGCCUUGAAAAUUGUUUUGAUUUUGUUUUUGAAAUAAAGAUUUAGUUUAAGAUUCUAAA